AGGCCGCUGCCUCUCGCCGCCCUCCCCCGCUGCAGCAGCGGCCCCGGCCCCGGCCGCGGCCUUCACCCCCGGGGGAGGGGCCGCAAGGAAGCUGUCAUGCAGGACCCUCACCAGGAACGCGGCGGUAGCGUUCUCCCGGAAAAGGAGAGCGGUGGGGCCUCCUGGCUUCAGAGGGUCUUUGAGGAUGUGCGAGAGUCCUCCCGGCUGAGCGUGGUGCCCGCGGAGCCGCCCCCCGUGACGGUGGUGGCGGUGGAGCGGUACCUGGCCGAGGGCUCGCCGCCCGGCGCCGCGCAGUACUGGUACGACGUGACGCUGGCGGACGGCGCCUGCCGGCAGCGCUGCCACCUGGCCCCGCGCCUCAACGGCCUGGUGCAGCGCGCGCACCUGCGGGCCGGCGCGCGCCUGCGCCUGACGCGCUGCUCCUACCUGUACGACGAGCGGCGGCUGCACUACGGCUUCCUCUGCCUGGAGGGGCUGCAGCUGGCCGGGCACGCCGCCGGCCCCGCCGCCGCCCCGCCGCGCCACCGCCUGCCGCCCCUCCGCGGGGAGAAGAAGCACUACCUGCCGCUCUGGAACAACGAGGAUCCCUACGGAGAUGUGUGGGUGGCGGACAGGCCCCAGGAGCAGACGAACGCCGACGUCUCCAGGGUGACUUCUCUUGGUCAGCUGGAAAUGACCUGGAGAAGCAGACUUCACUUCCCUCCUCUUCUUGUGAGAGUCCUGCACAAGUCUAGACUAAGGUACUACGGGAAACCAGAGAAAAAAGUGGAUAUGCCUUAUCAGGCUUACUUUGAAGUUGCUGAUGGCUCAGGCAUGAUGUCAGUGGUUUUGUGGAAUUCAUUGUGUCCUGAAUGGUACAACAGUAUGAAGGUUGGCACGGUGCUGCUUCUUGAACAGUAUGCUAUCAAAAACAGUUACCCAUUUAAAACACAGCCAACUCCAGGGGAUUCACAGAUGAAGAGAUUUACUACAAUUGAAAUCAACCUUAAUGUUCGAGAUCCUCCUACUAAAAUAAGUAUUAUUCCAGAAGAAAUGGUUAAACCAGAGUGGGGAUUACCUGAAGUUAAAUAUCGUUUUAUCACAAGGUCAGAGCUGGAUGACUUACCAAACAAUCAUUCCUGUGAUGUUAUUGGUCUCGUGACGUUUGUGGGAAGGGCAGAACGAACAAGAAAGAGAGAACAUGGUGAAGACUUCUGGCUCUAUCGCUGGGCACAUGCCAUUGAUGGGACCUCAGACCAACCAUUCAUACUGGAGUUAUUUGCAACUUCUCAGCCAGAUGUAUUUGAGCAUAUUCACCCAAUGACAUAUUUAGUGUGUACACAGAUGAGAGUGGUACGGGACCACACUGAGAAUCCUUCCAGCAGAACUUACCUUACAACUUCAAACGAAAGUCAAAUUUUCGUUUCAGGGUGGCACAAGGGCCAGCCAUACACCAAGGAUACCAAAGUGAAAAACUUUAUUCGGUGGACUAAAACACAAAACGAAGCUGAUCAAAUGAAGAAAACUGUCAUUGGUGGCUAUUAUCCUUUCCCACGACCUCCAAAUAACUUCUCAAAGUACUGCAAACACAAUAAAGUUGAAUUGGUUUUGAAAGCCAUAGGUGACACUGGGAAAGAGAUUGAAGCCCUGCACUACAGAGAGCACAAGCGCAUUGCUGUUCAGGGGAUAAUUAGUGCCAUAAGAUACAUCAGCUGUAGCAGUGCAGCUGAAGAAGCCACAGGAGGGGAACUUGUUGAGAAAGAUACUUCUGAGUCUCUUAGAAGUGCUGCUAUGUCCAGAGAAGAUGGUUUUCACAAGGGAAAAAACACCAACCUUCAAAGUAAAGAAGUUGAGUCUUUACAGGAGCCACCAGGCACUCCUGGAAAACAUCUGCACCAAGCUUUACUGCCAAAAAAGAGUUCAGCAAAGAGAAGGACACCACGCAGAUUAUAUAAAGAUGCAGAACAGGGAAGCAAAUCAUCUCACCCGUAUUUCACACGGUCUGCGAGACGACGACUUGGCUUGGGUGAAUUUUCACAUGAAGAUUUUGUGCAAGAUAAAAGCAAAGAGGCUGUAUCAGACAGCUUCACAGACCAAGAAGGAAUGACUGACGUACCUGAAGCUGAAGAGACUGGAAGAACCUGUGCUUCCUGGCAAAGUGACCUGUGGGCACAAGUGAAAGACAAGUUAAUGAAGUAUUUGCAUCACAGCACAAUUUUUCCAGAGAGCAUCCCACGUAAAUUUGAUUAUGUGCACAAAGACUUACUUAUGCAGCAGUACAACCUUCAUGCUGCAGUGCACCAGCCAAAAGAAACAGAUAAAAAUAUUAAUGAAUUUAGAAGUGCCAGUGGCCUUGGGUGUUAUGAAGUGACAGUUCUGGGUAUAAACCACGAUGUUGCAAUAGAUGUUGCAUUUCUUCCACUCUUCUGUCCCGAAGAUCCCCACUUAUUUCAACUAUAUGACACUGAAAAUGAUACACUGCUGUCUUGUAUGAGUCACAUCUCUGCAUGCCAGCAGAAGGCCACUAACGAUGGGAGGCUUCAUGGUGUGUUUCCACUUUCAGAUGAAAUUGUGAAAGCAGCAAUGGAUCUAGAUGGCAAACAUGUUGUCUGCAUUCUGGACCUCUGCCACCUGGGUGAGGAUAAGGUGGAAGUCUUUCUGAGCAAAAUCUACAAGACAGUGGAGCCUGAUAUGAUGGAUCCAGUGUAAUUUAAUAACUUAUUUUUCAAAUCUAUGGUCAGAAGGAGGGAAAUAAAAUUUCUGUUAACUUGAAUAUGCCCUCUACACGUUGCACUUUCUAGAACUAGCAGACACAAUUAGGAAAUUAAGAUUCUUAGAGCUAUUGUAAUGGUCAUCCAUGUGACUGAGAAGGAUGAUCACUGUCUUUGUGUUUUUUACAGCCUUGAAACAGAUUUCACAGUGUCUUGGUCAUUUAAAUUCAAAAAGGGAGUAGAGGGACCUUUUAUUUUGAUAGGGUGCCUCUCUGAUUGCCACCUGUCUGCCUAUGCACAAUACAUACACAGGAAAUGUGUAUAUUAGAGUGAGGCUUGGGAAGAGAGGCAGGCCUUCCCAAUGCUAAAGGCAAUGUCUGCAGAAGAAUUAACUGUCUGUGAUAUAAAUUUGGGCUGGAAAUCAGAAUCAUUUUGAGAAUUACAGCUGUUGUGUUUAAAAAGUGAUCUUUUUCUGAGAGAUACCAGGGCAGCCUAACUGCUCUUUAGUCUUGAAGCUUGCUGUGUUAGUGAGAGGGAUUAAAUGCCAGGUGCAGUGCUGGGGACUGGACUCAGCAAUCCAAGAAGGCACAGCAGCUGCUGUGUCUUUCAUAUGUCCACUGUUGUAUAUACAGUAGUAUGCUUGCUAUAGUAGGUAGUGAGCUUAGCACUCAACAUUUUGGAAAGUACCUUGUUUAUUGAUUUAAAAAAUCAAAACAAAAACCUCACAAACAAAACAACUUCGAAGUUUGGAACUGGCUUCUAGCUUUGCAAGACAAAAGCUACCUUUAAGGAGUGCUAAGCAUAGCAGGAUACACAGUUUCUGUAUCAUCAUUGGAUGUUGUUCUGUUGAUCAUCACUAUCCCAAAUUUGUUGGGUUUUUUUUAAUAAUAGCUAUAGGCUGAGUACAUGAAGGAACUCAGCAGCUGUUACUUACACAAGAGCAAGAGACUCCAGAAUUCUGACAACUUUUUUCUCUUUCUACUAAGUAGCACCUGGCUCCUGCUGAGUUCAGAACCAGUCCCACUUUAUUUUAUCUUCCUAUGGCAAACAGUCUCAACAGCUGGAUGCUUAGGAAAUUAUUCUCAAGCAGAAGCUAAAACAUACUGCAGUUUGACAACCUGCCCAUGUGAAAUCUUGGUUUCAGUUCUUUGAGAAGAAAUAAUUGUGUGUUGGAAGUUUGCCAAUGAAAUUGUACCAUAAUUUUCCAAAGCCUACAGAGGUAAUUUAUAGGAACAGGUUUAUUGUUCUGUAGUAAACUUCUAGGCACGUUUUAGCAGGCCGUUGGUAAUUGGGAAGUAUCUCUUUCAACUAGUAGCUCACUCCAUCUGCCCUGGGGACAGAGGGCUUUGUCUUGAAAUGCUUAAAUUCUGUGCCUAACUCCAGUUAAUGGAAAUUGAAGAAGGAAAGUUGCUGUCCUUUUUAUAGUGCAAGUUCAUAGGCAACUUCAGUUAAGAAGUCAAAGCCUUAACAUUCUAAAGAAACUAUUCUGUGUCUCUAGUGUGGUUUACAGUUUAAAAGUGUAUUAAUGAGAAAAGUUUAAAUUGCACAGAGACUAAAAAUUGUUGUGUAGUAAAUGUUUAUAUGUUGUAUGGAUCACAUAGUAUUAAUUCUAGAGCAAUGUUCAUCAACCCGUGCCUUUCAGAGUGCAUUGUAACCUCAUCACAGAAGGCAAAAUGAAAACACACCACCUGGAAAAGAGCAUGGUGUUGCUUGCAGUAUGUUGUCUGUAUAUUUUCAUUGCUUACAGGCAUGUGAAGAUCAGAAGGCAUUGCUCUAGAGUACGAGAGGUUAGCACCAGCACUUCGUGUACCAAGCUGAGCCAUGCUGACUGUGUCAGCCAGUGUUUUUUAUUUAGAUGUACUUCAGGUCGAAGUCUAAUUUUUAUGAAACUAUGACUUCCAGAAGCAAUUUUUAGAGUGGUUAUCUUUGUACAAAGGGACUGCUGUGGCUAGCACUGUCACAGUGCCACGUAUUGGUCACUCCCAUCCACCCCAUGAAACGGAAAUACAGCAAAGGCUGUUUGCUGCAUCGCACUGUACUAUGUUUUAAAUGCGUAGCAUUAAUCGUUUCAACCUCCAUGUUAGGACUUCCUAAGAAGUGCCAGAAUGCUGUGGAAUAUGUAUAAAUAAUGAGCUUCAGACUUGAAAGUAUGUGAUUUUAUCUUUUCUUACAGAAGCUUUAUCUGAUUUUUUUCAUGGCAAAAGCUGAGGAGAGCUUUUAUAAAUUACCAAUGUUAGAAGCAUAGGCUGCCUGUGCGUAGAGAAUAUUCAAUGUCUGCAGUAAACAUGGAACUCUGCUCUGGGUCUUUUAAUUGACACAAGUAUAAAACAAAAGCAUUCUUGAUACUGAACUUUUCAGUUUGUUAAACCAAGACACAGAGUCUUUAGUCCUGCAAAAUGUCAUAGGAAUCAUCUUUCUUGCUGCUGCGUUUUGCCACUGCUGAGUGUAAAUCCUAUUGGAGCACUUUGCUAACUGCAGAAUUCGUACCCAGCCAAAGCACUGUACUCUCAAAUCCUGCAUUUGCCUGUUUCCAGCAUUAAUUUCGAGGAAAAAAAUAGAGGAAGGUAAACUGUAUGUAGCUAAUGGUACUUUGCAGUGUAUAAAAGUUGCUGUCAUAGGUCUUAGAGGUAAGAAAAGCUUUAAUGAAAUGUAGAACUAGUGCAACACUGAAAACUGGAGAAUAUAAAUAAAUUAAUAUAUGUAA